UGUUACUAUAUGCAUGAAGAUGUGCUUUAUGGCAUUAUGAAUUACGUUACUGUAAUUUUCUUAGAGGUCAAUAUCAUAUUUUAAAUCACAAAGAUAGGAGCUCGCUCGCAUGGCUGUUGGUGAAAGUGGCAAACACGAGCACUCAGGCAGCGGCGCGAGACGGGCGCGGGCGGGUGUGCUGGUCGGGGUCCGACCGACGUGGCGGAAGAAACCGACUUUAUUGCGCGCCGGCUGUGCAUGUUUUGCUGUCGUUAGUCGCGUAUAAUGUAUCGCGAAAAUACAUUAUAUUUUUGUAAAGUGAGACCGUGUUUGUAAUGCUAAAAUUAGUAAAAUUGCACACAGAUUGAUAUGAUUGAUUGAUUGAUAUUUUGUUUUUAAAUGACGUUAGUAAAGAGAGCCAACUUGGAUAGUUCAACCACAUAUAUACAAAAUAUGUUAUACUCUCGCGGAAGAGGCAGAUAAGUGGAUCGGGGUAUGGCGAGCGAUGGAACGAUAAAUACAGGCGUGGAGCCAACGAGCUUGGAGUAUAUGGAAGAUCCGUACUUCGUACCACCAGAUGACGACUCCACGCCUAGCUUCGAUUUAGCCGUAGAUGAACUAGACGAUGCUGAAGAGUUGACCAGCUGGCCGCAUGACGAUCCCGAGACUGACUGGCGUGCUCUUCCUGACCUUGCAGAGUCCGCGCUCUGUAUUGAAACCGAAUUCUAUAUGGAUAAUCGCCGUCGCCGGUUACGUAUAUUUAGGAAAAAAAUGCGUGAAGUUCGCGUCACGUUUCAAGAUUUAUCGAAGCCGUAUCUUGCCAGAGUCUCCAGCCACACCAACUACAAGAAGUUUUUAGGUAUCACUCUUGGAGCUGAGGAAGCGAUGGCGGGUGCAGGCUCAGUGCCAGAAAGCCCAUUAGUGGACGAGUUGGCCGGCCUCACGCCCGAGCAGGCGGACCAGCUACGCGCCGAGUGGAGCCGCGAACUGGCUCGUGUUGAAGACGAAAUCGCUACGCUACGCACCGUGCUGCAGAGCAAGAUUCGUCAGAGUUCGGAAUUAAAACGAAAACUUGGCAUUACAGUGUGGAAAGAAAUUACCGAAGAUGUUAAUCAGGGUUUGAAAAACGUGAAAGAAAGCCAAGUCUAUCAAACUAUAGAAACACGCGUGGCAGAGUUUACAAAGGCUGUGACUGAAGCACCAAUAUACCAAAAAACUGAAUCUGUGAUAAAAUCGACGGCGGAGAAGACGACUUCGAUCUUGGGCGGCAUCACGGCGGGCGUGUCCAGCAAACUCGGCCAGAUGCGCAACUCCGAUUCAUUCCGUUCCAUCGAAGAACGAGUAGGCAGUGCAUACGAAAAUGUUAAGGGGAAAGUGGCCUCUAGAUCGAAUUCAACACAGAGCUUUGAUGAGGCAUUGCGCGAUGCAAGCCGCGCCGCCAGUGGCGCCACCUCUCCUACCAUUCCCGAGAACAAACCCUUGCCCUAAUGUGAUCGCGCUCUGUCAGCACUAACCACGCCGCUACUACUAGUUGUAAUAAAAGUUCCCGUUUCCAAUCGCCUACGAAGUAUUGAUAUGAACUCUUAAUACAGGUAUUGAAAAGGGUUGUUUCAGAAAUGUAUACGGCUCGCAACUAUUUUAUUUCGUUACAUUUUUAAAAUUGGGCAGCUCAAAUUUUUAUUUGUAUUACAGACUUUGAGUGCCCGAUAAUACGCACUAAGACUUAAGUCUAAGUUUUAAUUAAUGCACUUUAUUAUUGAGCGUGCAAUUUGCCUAAAAUAAGUAAAGUUAAUUAAAAAUAGAUUAUUAGAUGAGUUAAUUUAAUAUUUACAUGUUUAGCAAUUUCUUUCAUCCUUCAGAUUUUUUUCCCUUUAUUUGUAGGCAGGACAUGUUUUUUGGUAAUAUGAUUGAGAUUCUAAUUUGGAUACUACUGUUAUGAUGAGUAAGUAUAUUUAAAAAGACUUUGUUUCAUUCCUAAUAAGUAUAGCAAAGUAAAAGUAAACACGAAAAGAAAAUAUAGACAUACUAGCUUUAUUCGCGGCUUCACUCGCAUUGAUUCAAUAAUAUUUUUAUAAAAAAUAUCCUAUGGUCAUUCUAAUACUUCCAAGAACAUGUGAACAAAAUUUCAUGAUGAUCGGUUCAGUAGUUUUUGCGUGAAAACGUAACAAACAUCCCUACUUUCACAUUUAUAAUAUUAUAUUAUAUAUUAGUGGAUUGGUUUAUUAAAAAAUGCUUUGUGUAUAUACGAAUAUUUGUUAAACAUUUAGAACACUUACUACAUAUUUGUAACGACUGAAAAUAUACACAAAAUUAUUACAUACUUUCAACCCGGUUUUGUUCCGUACGGGUAGUAGAACAUUUAUUAUACAUCGUCAGGAUUUACUAAAUAUAUGGAUGGAAACUGUAUAAAAAUCGUGUUAGCUUUUGAAAUUCGCAAUCACGCGCAGUAUAGAUAUAUAAAUGAAACAACCCCUUUAUUUACUUAGGGACACCUCGUAACUUGCUUUUCAGUGGAAUACUAACGUGUUAUUUUUCUUUUUAUGUACUUAUUUCAUAAUAUGCACGACUUCAUAUUAUAAAAAAAAGGCAAAUGAAAAAAAAAUUGAUAGGAUUCUGUAUUAUCGUUUUAGUAAGUAACAGAUAAAAAAAGUUAUUGUUAAGUAUUGUAAUAUUUACAAUAAAGUUGUAUUAUAAAUUUUAUGGAAGCCUGGUGUCUUUCUUUGAUUUUGUAGUGCAAAAAUGACAAAAUGGAAGUCAAAAUAUAGCAAACCAUUGUUUAUUAAGUUCCUAUUCCCUUCUGCCUAAAAGAUGUCAUAAAAACGGGCAAAAAUGAUUAAACUACAAAAUGUUAUAGACAUAUUAUGUGACAUUUGUUUUAACAAAGACCUGAACAUUAUUUGUUUAAUGUUCAGGUCUUAAUUAUUGAAAAAGUAUACAAGACAUAAAUAUCUGUUACAAAGUUUACAGUAGAUCUUAAUAUUCUUUAAAUUUAGAAUAUAAUUUUGAACAAAGUAUUUAUCAUGACAAUUUCUUCAUAAUACUUGUAGAAUUCAACCCACUACCAGAAUUCGAACUUUAUGUUUAAUGCAAUGUUUAUUGUAGUAACUAUACGCUUUUUGUUGUCUGUAUUGGCAAAAUGUAUCUGCGGCGUGGUAAAUAUUUAUUAAAUAUUGAUACAUUUGAGACUGGUGUACAAAGGCUUUGUGUACUUUGAAGAUUGGUAACACGUAUCACGAUAUUAAAUUAUAUAAAUGUUGCAUUCCAAGAUGUUCUCCUUUUUCUACCCCACUCAUUCUUAGAGAGAAUGAUGUGAGAAACUUGCAAUUGUUUGUAAUGUAUUAAAUUCUAUACACAUGCAAUAGUAUUAAGAUAUAUAAUUACAGAAAUAAAAUGUCAAAUAAAGUAUCAUUAUUGUGUGUACUACACAAUAAUAUGCCGAGCCUAGCCUGUUAGAUCCAUAAAAAUAUGAUAUUUUUAUAAGAUGCUUAGCUUUCUUUUACUUAUAAAAAUAUUUUCACUAUUUACAUUAAUUACCACUGAAAACGGUAAAUAAAAAUUAUAUAUUAUAAA